GCCCUGUUUGCGAAUGCUAUAUUUAAACACUGCCCCUUUGCUUUCUUCGCUACUUGGUAUUUUAUUAAUACAUCAUUAACUUGUAUACUUGACUAUAUAAGAUACCACUUAUUUUAUUAAACACUUCACAAUGGCUGCUCCUCAACUACCCCUCAUCAACCCGCCUAUCGGGCAGUUCAACCGAACCAUUGCGAGCGUCCCCGAAACCAUUAUUCUCAAGGAAAAAGUGUUGUCGCUAUCGGGCGAUAGCUUUGAUAUCAAGACUGCGGCAGGAGAACCCCUUCUCAAGGUCAAGGGAAGACAUGCUACUCUUUCAGGUCGCAAGUCGGUGUACGACAUGCAGGACAACCACAUGUUCGACCUCUUCAAGGAGCACUUCCAUCUUCACAGCACAUAUGCUGCAGAGACACCGGAGAAGCAUCGCUUCCUCGAGAUUAAGAGUUCUAUCAAAUUGUUUGGCUCCAAGGCCACAGGCACAUUUACAGCUCCGGAUGGCCAAGUGCACACAUUUACGAUGCGAGGCGAUUGGCUCGACUCGACCGCCGAAAUUAUUCUAGGUGAAGAUAAGAGCGGUCCUAUUGCUGCUGUUAUUGAUCGCAAGUUCUUCAAUAAGCGCGAGUUCUUUGGCGGUCAGCAGACAUAUGCUGUCACUGUUGCGCCGGGCGUGGACAAGGCGCUGAUGGUGGCUCUUUGCAUCUCACUCGACGAGAAGCGAAAUGAGAAAUAA